AUGGUCAUUAGUAAACUUCGAAACCUGGUGGCAGAUCCCGACUUUCCACGUCAAGAACAACUCGAGAACCUGCGUUAUUACAAGUACGCAGCUACCGAUAAGUCCUUGCUUACAAAAUACGUUUUACGUCAUUAUUGGAAUUGGGCUGUUACUUUAUUUCCUCGAUGGAUCGCUCCUAAUCUGAUCACGUUAACCGGUUUGAUCUUGAUGAUGAUCAAUGUGGUGAUUAUACUGGUGGUGGUACCUGAUUUACGCUAUGAACAAGAUACCCCUCAAUGGAUCUACUUUUCCUUCGCUGCCGGCCUGUGGCUUUAUUCAACGCUUGAUAAUGUGGAUGGCAAACAAGCACGACGUACAGGAACCUCUUCUCCGCUUGGCGAAUUGUUUGAUCAUGGAUGUGACGCCAUCAAUUGCACAUACGUUGCAUUGCUUCAAGCAGCUGCACUAGGUGUAGGCCACAGCAUAGAGGCUGCCAUCUUAUUCUUGGUGACCGUGGUUGGUUUUUACUUGUCGACUGCUGAGGAGUAUUAUACGGGCGUAUUGUAUUUGGGUAUUGUAAAUGGUCCCACGGAAGGCAUUCUCGUGUCGUGCCUUGCGUUUGUAUGGUCUGGAUUUUUUGGUGCUGGUUCAUGGCAUAUACCACUGGGUGACAUUGAUUGUCUUUCUUGGCUUGCCCGUAUCCUUGGCGAUAACACAACGGGUGCUCAAAUCUUUGUUUGGGGCAUGGUGUUCUUUUUUGCUUUCACACAUUGCCCAAUGUGCUUCUACUCCAUCUUCAAGGCCACAAGUGGAAAGCGACUCAAGCAAAGACUUGCCAUCUUUAUGAAUGUCCUCUACCCUAUCACGCUCUACACGUUAGCUGUUACUUUGUGGAUCGCGUCCCCUUACUCGUAUGUGCUCAAGGAGGAACAUUACAUUCUUUUUGUUGUCACUGUCGGCAUUUUGUUUGGCUUGAUGGCUUCCAACAUCAUCCUGGCACAUCUCACAAAAUCGCCUUUCCCAUCCUUCCCUGGUAUUCUCGGUACAUUAUGGCUCUUGGUGACUCUUAUCGCCGUAGUACCUUCCAUUACAGGCUGGCGCAUCAUAUCGGCGAAUAUGGAACAUUUGGCAUUGUGGAUACUCUUUGGCUCCUCUGUGAUUAUCUAUGGUGUGUGGGCCUCCAUGGUCAUCGAUGGCUUUUGUCGCUUUUUGGGCAUCUCAUGUUUAGUGAUCCCCACAGCUACUACUACUACUACUUCUUCAUCAGCUAAUGUAGCAGAGCAAGACGCAUUAUUGCAAGCCCAAGAAGAAGGCAAUAACAACACAACCUCCAAUAACAGCCAACAACAAACGAAUGGCUAUAAUACCUUUGCAUAA